AAAUAAAAAUAAACGCCUCACGUACUGGAGUCGGCACCCAUCGUUCACUUAAAAGAUCCGGCUCUUUGAACCAGCUCGUUCAGGAUCGACACGUCACUAGUUUAGUGUGUUGGACCUGACCAAAGCAGCAGUGAAAGGUGCACUAUGGGCCGCCUGGACGGGAAAGUGAUUGUGUUGUCGGCCGCCGCGCAGGGGAUUGGACGUGCUGCCGCAAUAGCAUUCGCGAAGGAGGGAGCUCGAGUCACAGCGACAGACAUCAACGGAGACAGGCUCAAAGAGUUGGACGGCGUUCCAGGGAUCAAGACGAAGGUCGUGGAUGUGACCAAGAAGGACCAAGUUGAAGCCCUGGCCAAGGAGCAUGAGCGCGUAGAUGUGCUGUUCAAUGUCGCAGGGUUCGUGCACCACGGCUCCAUCUUGGACUGCGAAGAGGCUGACUGGGACUUCACGAUGAACGUGAACGUCCGGAGCAUGUACCUCAUGUCCAGGGCUUUCCUGCCUAAGAUGUUGGCUCAGAAGUCAGGAAACAUAAUCAACAUGGCAUCUGUUGCAUCAAGCAUAAAAGGUGUUGUGAACCGGUGUGUCUACAGCACCUCCAAGGCCGCAGUGAUUGGGCUCACCAAAUCUAUAGCGGCUGAUUUCAUCGAUAAAGGCAUUCGCUGUAACUGUGUUUGUCCCGGUACCGUUGAUACUCCGUCACUGAGGGGCAGGAUCCAGGCCCAACCUGACCCAGAACAGGCUUACAAGGAUUUCAUGGCAAGACAGAAAACUGGCAGAAUGUGCACGGCUGAAGAGGUGGCGCACCUGUGUGUUUACCUGGCCUCGGAUGAGUCAGCCUAUGUGACCGGGACGGAGCAAAUCAUCGACGGAGGAUGGAGUCUCUGAGAAAAGACAGUUCUCGCUUGAAGCUCGAAUAAAAGUGCAUACAAUUUAAUCAGUUUUUGUAUUCACUGAUUCUGUGGACUCAGAUCUAUGCUGCACAUGCCAAAAAUAUGAAUUUGUUGAUUGACUAAUAAAUGGACUAUAAUAUAGUA